AUGAUUAAGUAUAAAAGCCUUAAAACUUAUGAGAGAUUAAAAUAAAUUUAAAUAGAAAAUCCUGUUUUUGAGUUAUCUGAAAGGGAUGAAAUUGAUUAAAAAUUGCAGCUAUAUUGCAAUUAAUUCAAACAAAAAGUAUUUCCUGACGGGUUUAUUAAAGACACUUAAAAGCAAGCAGGUUAAUAAGAAAAGGCGCCCUCCUAGGAGAACUAGAAAAAAGUUUAUUUUAAAGAAUAGCUACCAACAACAGCUUAAAAUAUCCCUUCUGUAGUUGAAUUUGGAGAAAAUUUUUAAAGUUUCAUCGAUAAUAAAUUUAAAUUGCAAUUAUAAAGAAAUAUGAACAAAGAGAAUUCUGUAGUGAAGAUGUUUGGUAAUGCUCUAAUAGCAACUGUAUUUUAAUCUUUAGUCAUUAAAACGAUUGAAUCUCUUUAUAAAAUUCACAUCAACAUUGAGACUGAUAUUCCAAUAUCUUCUAAUGUUUUAAAAGCAUUUGAUAUAUCAACUAUAGUCCUGAGCUCCUUUAAAACUUAGCAAGAAAAAGCUGAUUACAUUCUUAGUUGUAUGGACAAAACCAUAUCAUAAAUGUUUAACAGUUUCAAAGAAAAGUAGGAGGUAAAAGAAAAGAAGCAAGAAGAAUAGGAUAAAAAAGAUGCCAAGAAAUAAAAUUAGAAAGCUAAAGAUGAUCAUUUUCCCUGGCUGAGAGUUAAAACUAAAUAUGAAAGUUUAAGGAAAAAGUUAAAUACUUCAAUUAUAGAAAAGCUAAAUGAUUAUGAGAAUUUAGUUUUAGUUUUAGAGAAAUUAAAGGAAAAACAAGAAUUAAAAAAGUAAGGUAAGGAUACACAAGCAUCUAAUGUGAAAUAUGUGUUGAAAAAUAUAACACCUACAAGCACAAAAGAUAUUUUUUAGAACAUGAGCAAAUAUGGAAAUCCAAGGACUUAGUAGUUUUUAUCAAGACUUGGGCUGUCAGAUAAACAUGAAAAAUUAUAAAAUGCUUCAUAGCUGAUGAAAAAACAAAAAUAGUCCCUAGAUGAAAUUAGAAUGGAUGAUGCUUAGUUAGAUGAUGAGUAGGAAUAGAUUUCCACAGAUUCAAAAAAUAUAAAUUCAGAAGAACCUUUGAGUAAAGUUUAAAACUUUUGGGAUUAGAAUAAAGAAAAAGCAUUUAAAUAAUGCAGAUAAGAAAAGAAGUAGCUCUAUUCUAACGAAGUUGCUAGCUCAUCAUGGAACGAAGUUGGGUUUUUACCAUUUGUUUAAAAAUAUAUAAUUGAAAUGAAAAAAUCUAUGUAGAGAGAUCAUUUACUUGAUAGAUACGCUGAUGGUGAGUGGUUAACUGCUGAAGAACUUAAACUGUUAGCCAACACUAGUGAGCUACUAAACUCUUGCAUAGAUAGAAAGUUUAUGUAAAGUGCAGUAGAUGUGAUUGAUAAGGAUAUAAUAUAAAAUCUCGAACUAGGGUUAGCUGAAGACAUUUUAAAAAACUACGAGGAAAUAUAAAUAGCAAUAAAGAAAAGCAGACAGGAAUUCAUUAAAAAUUCUCUUUAGAAAUCAUAUGAAAAACUUCGUCAGUAUGAUUAGAAAAAAUAAAAAUAAUGGGAAUAGUAUUAAAACAAAGAAUAUCAUGCUAAAAAGCAGAAGAUGUUUACAGCAGUUUGUUAUAAGUUAGAGAGAGAAGGGAAAUUCAAAGAAAAACCUCCUGAAAACUUAUAAGGAGCAGAGUCUUUAAAGCUCUUCUUAGAAGGAAAAAUAGAUCAAGAUGAAGUUAUCAAAGAUCUCAAAAACAUAAAUUAUUAUGCAGAAGAGCUUGAGAGUGAAAUUAAUAAUAAAAAAAAAGAAAGAGAGUAGAAAAAACAACAAGAGGAAUAAUGGAAAAAGUAUUUAACUUCUAUAUCAGAGCCCAAGCAGUAGCUAAAUGACAAAUUCUAUAAAAGUGUAACAAGGCACUAUUAUCAUCCUCCUUCAAAGAUCUUUAUCUAAGAUGAACACAAUGCACAAGAUUAUACUCCUGAAGAGAUGGAAAAAUACUCAGAGCUAAAUAAUGCUAUGAAGGUUUUGAAUAAAAACGAGUAAGAAAAAUAUAAAAUUAAUCUAAAAGCUCACAUUGCUUUCAAGAACCCAUACACUUUUAAAAAUUUCUACUCAGGAGGACCAGCUAAACCUAUUAGAGAAGAACCUCUCUAUAAACCUUUAGAUAAUUAAGAAACUAAAGUAAAUCCUCGAGAGCUAAGGUAUAUAAUUAUGAUCUAAAAAAAAUUUAGGUAGCAUAGAUAGUAGAAAAAAAUGAAGGAAGUACUUGAAACAAAAGAAAAAGAUAAAUAUUAUGAAUAUAAGUUUAAGAUUGAAUAAAUUAGACAUCUUACAAAAUAAAACAUUAAAAUUUAGCAAACAUCUGAUAAGGCUAAAGAUAUCUAAAUUAUUAAUUUAGAUGAAGAACCUUAAGUCAACACCCCAAUGACAUAAUAGCACAAGGAUUACAAUAAUGAAAAUUUAAGUGGUAAUAUGUUCAAAGAAAGAAAAUAGACUCGUUCAGGUACUUUGAAUUAAGGCUAAAAACUGAAAAGACCACUUACAGGAAUUUCUACAAAUGAUCAAGAGCUUAUAGAAUAAGGUAAAAAAAUAGACACGAUGGCAAAUAAAAGUACUGAUUUUUUUUAAAAUAAUAAUAAUAAUAACAACAACAAUAAAUCAACAUUUGCCAAUACUACAAGACCUAGAACAGCUUUAAGCCAAGGAGGCAAAUUAUUUUAAUCUACUAAAUCUCUUUCUCAGUCAAAAGUUCCUUAAAGCUUUACUCAUUCUACUCAUUAUACUUCCAUAUUUAAUAUUGAUGAAAACUACAGCACUUCAGAGUUUAAAAGAAAUGUUGACUAACUUGCUACGAAGCCUAUCGAGCAGCAGCUUAGAAAUGUAAAAUUAAUUGAAGCUGCUAAAAAUAAUAGAUUUUGGGCUGUGAAUACUGGUAAAUUUAUCUUUUGCAGAAGAGACUUUUAUUUGGCAAGAGAUAAAAUAGGAUAGACUGCUCUACACUGGGCGGUUUAUCAUCGUAAUACAGAAUUCAUAUAAUGGCUUAUCGAUUAAGGAUCAGAUCCAAAUGCCCCUGAUUGUAAUGGAAAUACACCAGUUCAUGUUGCUUUCUAAUCAGAUAAAAUGGAGGUUAUUAUGAUGAUAAUUAACUAAGGAGGUGAUUUAAAUAAUUUAAAUGUGAAAGGUGAAACUCCUUUGGUAUUUGGAUCAUAAAGUAUGCUUAAAUUGCUAAAUCUCACUAAAGGAGUCACAUAAGUAGGAUAACACACCUCAGAAACAAACUUCGAUAAUAACAAGCUUUUGAAAUUUUUUACACAAGAAGAUUUUAAUUAAAUGAGAAUAGCCUCUUAUGGUAACCGCUUCAAUGGAAAAAAGAGCUAAAAGUACUUGGGUAUUGACAAAGAAAACGAUUAAAAAAUAUCUGAAUCUAAAUCUUUAAAAAAAUCUGAGAGUCUUGCACAGUUAAUUAACUGA